UUCACCACAGUUGUGCAAGUUGUUAGUGUCUGUGGCUUUGUGUUUUACUGUGUAGAGACACUGUAGGAUGUUCCUGACUCACUCUAUGAUGGGAUUGAUUGUGUUGACAGUCCUCAGCCUCUGUCUGCCUGUGUGGAGUGCUGUGACUGUGAGCCAGCCAUACAGAGUGGUGAGCACCAAUGGUACAGCACAGAUUCAGUGCUUUCUCCAACCUCAACCCUCCCAUAAUCAGAUUCAACCCCAACAUGACACCGUGACCUAUCCCUACCCCGAACCUGAGGAUUUCCGUGUGAUUCUGCUGAAAGGCCUCCAUGGCACUCAGGAGUUCUGCUCGUCCAUCGUUGACUUAACAGAGCAGAGACAGAUACGUGAGGAGAAAGAAGGAGAAGUGCUGUGCCAUGCUCAGGUGAGUGAGGGCGCUGUGGAGGUGACAAUUUCUGGACUGAAGGCAACAGACACGGAUAUAUAUCGCUGUGAGAUAGAAGUCUUCUACCCACCACCAUAUCUGCGAAUUCCUGGCAAUGGCACACUCAUUCACGUCUUAGAUAGCUCUGAGUGUCCUGUGUCAGAGGUUCAGGCACAGAUCGCACACCAGAGUGAUGGAGAAGAGGAGGAUGAGGGUGACUCACAAUUCAGUGUCCCUGUGAUUGUACUGCUGAUAAUGGUCGUGUUGGUCCUCAUCGUCAUUAUCUACAUCCAGUGUGAGAAAGAGCAGAACACUGAGAUGGCAGCUUACACCUUCAACAUCAUCAUCUUGACUAUUUCUCUGGGUUGCCUCUUCUGCCCAAGCCAUGGUUUAUUUAAGGUGUUCCAGCCCAGUACUCAGACUGUAAACCCAGAUGGAUCAGCCACAAUCAGCUGUGAACACAAUGGAAUCAAUGGCUCGGUUGAAGACAUCCGACUCAACGAUGUAACAGCGUAA